AUGUCUAACGUGUUACGAAACCAGGAAGUUCGUGUUUUGACAUAUAACAUGUAUAUUCGUCCUCCUAUGAUAACCGCGAGGGGUAAUGACUUCAAAGACGAACGUCUUUCUCUUAUUCUUGACGAGGUGGUUGAGAACUACGACAUCAUUCUUUGCGAGGAACUCUUUGGGAGUUUCACUUCACGACGAGAUAACUUCAUUAAAGAGUGUGUUCUUCGUGGAUUACCUUAUAGUGUCGUAUCUCAUCGACCUGUAUGUCCUCUAUAUCCCAUCGAUGGAGGGGUUGCCAUCAUUUCGCGGUAUCCUAUAGUAAAGAGUCAUCACCUUGUCUAUACCCGAGGGAUAUAUUCAGAUGGAUGUGCAGCAAAAGGGAUUCUUCAUGUUUUACUUGAUUUGGGAUUUUCGAAAAAGCUUCAUGUUUUUGUCACUCAUUUCCAAGCGGACUAUUCUUCAGACCCAAUAACUAACACGUCAACACGAACUGCUCGAGACAUUCAAAUUCCAGAGGCUUUCAAUUUUAUUGAAGAAAAUAUUGCACAUGACCGGUACCCCGUCAUCUUUGGCGGGGAUAUGAACGUCGACGGGAAAAGUGCCGAGUACGACGUCUUCAUGAAGAAAGCUAAGGACUUCGGCUUUGACUUCCACGACCAUUUGGUAGAUCAUCUCAAGUAUCACCCAGUGACUCAUUGCGAAGUCAUCGAUGGCGUCUCCGUCGAUGACGUCAUCACUUCAAAGUGCAAAGACCAACCUAACGUCCGGCUCGACUAUAUCUUUGGGGUAUCAGACAACACAGAAAGAAACGUGAUGGGGUGCAAUGAGUGCGUCGUCAGAAAAUUCGAGACACAUGGAGCUAAGUUCCCAUUCAUGUCAGACCACUACGCAGUGGAGGCUACACUUACUAUUUAUUGA